CGUUAUCGGGCACUUGACAAAUUAUUAACAGAAUCUGCGUCGAUUAUAUUCCCUGCACGUGAGGGAAAAUACGGGGUUUGGAGACUUGCGUCGACACGCUACAGCCAGACUCCACUCUUAUUGGUUGAUACUAAUGUAAACUCCAAAGGUUCCGCACACUUCAGAGGGUCUUCUUUGUCACAAGAGUUGUCCAGUAUUUUCGGUUUUUAUGUUUGAUUUAAAGCUUGAAAAUGACUCAUUGGAAGUAUAUGAAGAAAGAUGAACUCGAGAAACAGUUCUCGCCAAGUCAGUGGUCGCACAGAAUGUCGGCGGACGACGUAAUCAAAGCCCACGUAACGGCGCUGAAAGCAGGUACAGAGCGAGCCCGGGGUCUGGCCCAGACUCUGCUCAACGUUCCCUAUGGUGAUGGAGACGGAGAGAAGCUGGAUGUCUACGUACCCAGCACCUGCUCCCUAGGCGUUCCCCUGGUUAUCUACCUCCAUGGCGGCUACUGGCAGUUCCUCAGCAAAGAGGAGUCUGGAUUUAUGGCCGUCCCAUUGGUCGGCAAGGGCGUGGUCGUGGUCGCCGUGGGUUACGACAUCGCUCCAAAAGGAAACAUGGAUCUGAUGGUGUCUCAGGUGCGGAGGAGUGUGGUGUCGGUCAUUCAGCAGUACUCACAUAUCAGCGGUCUGUACCUGUGUGGCCACUCGGCGGGGGCUCACCUGGCUGCCAUGGUCCUGUCCACUGAUUGGUCUCAGUACAGUGUCAGGCCCCAGAUCAAAGGGGCGUUCCUGGUCAGUGGGAUAUACGACCUCCUGCCCAUCCUGUCCACCUACGUCAACGAGCCUCUGAAAAUGACAGAGGAGGUUGCCGUCAGGAACAGCCCCAGCCAGCUGGUGGCCCAGCUCAAAGCCGCCUCCUCCGACUGCGACAUUGUGGUUGCCGUGGCGCAGAACGACUCACCGGAGUUCCGGAAGCAGUCGGAGGACUACUUCCAGGCGUUGCAGUCGUCAGGGCUGAAGGUGACUCUAGAGGACGUUCCAAACACCGACCACUUCAAUAUCAUCGAACAGCUGGUGGACGGAGAGUACCACCUCACACAGCUCCUGUUGAAGGCCGUGGGUAAGGGCUGAGGAAGAGGAGGAGAGGUGACGAAGCCUGCCUGUCUGCUGCCACACACACACACACACACACACACUUCUGUCCCGGGUGCCAUCUACUUAGUCACACUCUAGGGGGCGCUAGUGAUCAAUAAUAUUCGUUAGGCCGUCUAGAUGAACUCAGACGAGUUUACGUUCAGGGUCGAACACAGAUUAAAUCAACUCUAGGAUCUAUUCGAUCUUGAAAGUAACCUCAAGUGACACUGCAUGUUUUUAAUCUUAAUCUAGGUGUAGGCAGAGUUAUGUGUGACUGGGCGACCUGAUCUUAGAGCCCCCCCCCUCCCUCUCCGUUACUAUGGAGAUGACAGUGACAUCACUGCUACUGUUUUUUUCACCAGCUGGCCUACUGUUGUUGCGUAUCACCUCAUUCAUUCACUCACUCACUCACUCACACCUUCAAGCAAUCAUACAUUCACUUACUCAUACACACCCUGAAUGCUUCUUAAGCCACAAAGAAGUAGCAACACAUCACAGUGCUUUAUUAUGACUAACCAGUUAACCAGUCAUUUCACUGGUUAACCAUUCACUAUGCACAAUACUGUCUUGUUGUUGGACUCCCAUUGGCUGUUGUGGUGUUCUAUAAGUUGUUGUUGUUCCAUUGUUACAUCAUUUCCUGUAUGUUUGUUUUCCAAAAUUCCAAACCUCCCUGAACCAUUGACUGUGAAUCCCAUAUAUAUAUAUAUAUAUAUAUAUAGAUAUAUAUAUAUAUAUAUACCUGCAGUUGUUAUGAACUUGUUUUUAACUUGCUAUAACACCUUUACAUUAGUGUACAGGGAUGACCACUUAUAUCAAGGGUUACCUGCCACAUCACAAUCAGUAUAUUAAUGUAGCAGUGUGCUAUAAUUGCUAUAAGUGGCAUGCAUGAUAUUAUUGAAAAACAAAUAACUAUUUGAAAAUAUAUGAUAAAAUAUAGGCCCACUGUAUUUUUGCCCUUUUUAGCUCUAUUGGAACAUAAUAUACAUAUAUAUAUUUUUUUUUAAGCAGGUUCAUUUGUUUAGUCAGACUGAGUCUAAUUAGCUUUGCACACAAUGUUAUCUUUGUGGGUUUUGAUGUUGAGCAUGUAUUGUUUACGUAAUUGUUUACAUUAGGCUACUGUUUACGUGAACAGUUUUACUAGUCAUACUUCCUGUUGCGAAUAAUUAUGAAUUAAGAAAUUCACAAUAAACAUCUCUAUCUUA